AUGCAUAAACAAAUGCACACAAAAAACAUAGCUAAAGAAGCCGCCACCAACAUCAAUAUCCCCAGAAUAGACCUCUCAUCUUUCAAGGACACUGCCCGAAAUGCCUUAAAAAGUAGCAAAAAGAUUCACCAACGACUCUGGGACCAAGAACAAGUUAUACCAAAUAAAACCAUUUUGUCACCUAACUCGAAUCCUCCCUCAAAUACGAGAAGACAACAAGUGAUAUGA